CGAGUUUACUAGAAACUGGGUUGUAUCAGAAAUCAGAGAGAUAGAGAGAGAGAGAGAAUGAGCUUAAGUACGGCGUCGUAUGUGGCUCGGCGAGCAGCGCAGAAGGAGAGGGUUCGCAUCCUCUACCGGAAAGCUCUCAAGGAAACUCUCAAUUGGGCGGUUCACCGCCAUAUCUUUUAUUCCGAUGCUGAUGCUCUAAGAGAGAAAUUCGAGGCGAAUAAACACGUGGAGGAUAUUGAACUGAUUGAUAGAAUGAUAGCAGCUGGUGAGGCGGAGCACAACAAAUGGAGGCAUCCCGAUCCUUACAUUGUUCCUUGGGCACCUGGUGGCUCCAAAUUCUGCAGGAAUCCGGCACCACCUCCAGGGAUUGAGAUUAUACACAACUAUGGCAUGGAAGAGCGUGAAUGAAGAGGAUCCAUCAUCCUCUGAAAUAAAUGAAGAUUGGAGGUCCACAAAUCAUGAUAGGAGGACGAGUUCUGUUCUAGUUUGUGGUCUGUGGUUUUCAAUUUAAGAUUUUUCUUUAGAAAGAGAUGUUGGCGAUCAUUCUUGUAUUUGAGUAGUUGUGACUCCCAAAAUUGGACGUGGUUAAAUUCUUGUUGGAUAAUCACUGCCUGUUUCUUUCCAUGUUUGGAAAACUCACCGAAGCUUGCUGUCUGUAACUUUCAACCAGGACUCUUUCCUUGAAAUCUGGAUGACAGAUGUUUAUAACAUGUGUUUUGCAAUAA